AUGACGUUUAACAUAAUAAUAUUUUCAGCAAUUUUUGGAAUAUUCUUUCCAUUUUUUAGUGUUAAAGCAGCAAAUCAGACUGCAAUUGACAUAUUUAUUGAUACGCUCAGUAAGUCACCUGAAUAUGCUGACAGAAUUGCACAGUUGAAUUUAACAAAACUAGUGAAGGAAUUUUCCAUACUGGACAGCAACUUAUCAGAGGAUGGGAAACGCAAUUUCACGGAGUUAGCAAAUGCAUAUGGCCACCAAAGUGAAGAGUACAACGUUACCACAGAAGACGGGUAUAUCCUUACUUUAUUUCAUAUUCCAGGAACAGGCAGACCUUACUUACUGAUGCAUGGUCUCGCUGCCAAUGCUGAUUGUUUUGCUCUUAGAAAAAAUAACUCAUUAGCUUUUACUUUAGCUGACAAAGGAUAUGAUGUUUGGAUUGGCAAUACUAGGGGAAACGACUAUUCGUUUGGUCAUGUCAAAUAUGAUGCAAAAGUUGAUGAAGAAUAUUGGGACUUCAGUCUACAUGAAAAUGGUUACUAUGAUUAUCCUGCAAUAAUAGAUUUUAUCUUAAAUAAAACAUCCCAAGAGAAAUUAACACUAAUUGGACAUUCACAAGGUACGAUCAAUGGAUUUGUUUUAGGAUCACUCAGACCUGAAUAUAAUGAUAAAAUCAAUAUCUUUAUAGCAUUAGCUCCUGUCGCAGUUUUUAAGCCGAGAGGUAUACUUAAGCCUUUUUUAAAAGUUGUACCUGCAGACACACUUUAUUCUCUGUCAAAGGCAUCGGGUUUCGAUGUAAUACAAAUAAACACAAAUAAUGUGAAUAGAAAUUUCAUAGAGGUGCUGUGCACACAAAAAGUUUUAAGUUAUGAAAUAUGCUGGCAAAUUAUAAUAUUUUCUAUGAUCGGCAAUGAUGCUGAAUCAUUUGAACCAGAGUUCUCUAGUGUUCUUUUUGGUCAUGUUCCACAAAAAUCUUCGAACAAGAAUCUCUGUCAUAUAGCACAGCUCAGUAAGAGAAAUAAAUUUGCUCAGUUCGACUACGGCACAGUCAAGAAUCUAGUAAAAUAUGGAGCUCUAAAUCCACCAAAAUAUGAUCUCAGUAAAGUUACUAUGAAAGUAGCUUUAUUUGUUGGUUUUAAUGAUUAUGUAGCUUCAAUAGAAGGCGCUGAUAUACUAAACGCUGAACUUCCAAACGUUGUUGAAUACACAAUUUUACCCAGACCGGAAUUCAAUCAUUUUGAUUUUAUUUUAGGAAAUCAAGUUCAAGAUAAUUUUUAUCCCUUUUUAUUUGAUACCUUAGAAGAAUAUCCAUAA